GUCAAAUCUGUCAUUUUGUGGAAGGAAUAUGGCGGCGUGAGAAAGCCCCCAAAAUUAGUUUAUUAGUGGUUUAGCGUCGAAAGUACUGUUUAUUGUGUUAGUGCAUCAUUAGAGGUGUUUUUCCAUGAAAUUAUACAAAACUUGAUAAGACAGCCGCAAUAUGGCAUAUUCUUUGCCAAAAGAUUUAGAUGGGUUCAUCCCCCAUUUGUCCAAAGCAGACACGAGGUUUCGUCUGCAGGUUGGGACCGAUCUCUUGGCCUUCCUGGCGGAGCCUUCAAAUUCCGUUUGCUGCCAGGACAUUGGCUUGCUCAUCGAUGGGCUGAUACCUUGGAUGCAAAGCAGCAAUUAUAAGGUCUCCAGCAAUGGCAUUGAAGUUAUGACAUACUUGAUAGACAGGCUAGGGACUGAUUUCAGACCGUACCUACAAACAGUAUUACCAAACGUGAUAGACAGAUUGGGCGACGCCAAAGACACAGUCCGCGAAAAAGCCCAACUUUUGAUCUUGAAGCUGUUAGAACGUAACGUCCUCACCCCGCAAACUCUCCUCGAAAAGCUCACUCCGGGAUUCACGCACAAAAACGCCAAAAUCAGAGAGGAAGUCCUACGGUGUCUCCUUAACACGCUCAACGAACACGGGGCCCAAUCGUUGACGAUAAGUCGCUUCAUCCCCGACAUUGUUAAACUCUUGUCGGAUCCAACGUCGACGGUGAGGGAUACAGCGUUUACUACAUUGGUUGAUUUAUAUAAACACGUCGGCGAGAAACUGAGGGUGGACUUGCAAAGGCGUAAUAUUGUCCCUCCGGCUAAGUGGCAGGCAUUGUCUGCGAGGUUUGAUGAAGUGAAAGAUAGUGGGGAAUUGCUCCUGACAGCGACUAGGAACGAUUAUUGUGCGGAUGAAAUAGACAGAGCUGUGAUGCAAAAACCGGUGGUUCCAGCCAAGAAGGCGAAUCUUGGAAGCGGUGUCAAGCCGAGGACACUCACGGCGCCGGGUGGCGGAAGUGCUGUUUUAAGCAGAGUGGGUUCCCUGAGAAAGCUCCCUGUUUCAUCUGCCUCGGCGGGCAGCAUGGAUGAGGAUACCUUCCAAAGAUCCUUCGAGGACGUUCCACAAGUUCGAAUUUUUUCACCUCGAGAAGUGUCUGACCACAUGAAAAAUAUCUAUGAUACGAUAUCUGAUCCAGGCAAGGAAUGGAACAAGCGAGUCGACGCUUUGAAAAAAAUCCGAUCAUUGAUAAUAGCUGAUGCGAUGAAUUUUGAAGAAUUCUAUCAGGGUCUUAAGCAAUUGGACAUUCCUCUUCAGGCAAUAAUUAAAGAUUUGCGAUCGCAAGUCGUGCGAGAAGGUUGCAUCACGAUCGCUUAUUUGGCACAGAUUUUGGGUAGUAAAUUCGAUCGAACCGCUGAAAUGUUGAUGUUGCCGUUAAUAAAUUUAAUCCAGAAUUCGGCAAAGAUUAUGUCUACGUCGGGGAUUGUUACUUUAAGAUUUAUUAUCCAGAAUAUUCAAAGUCCGCGACUCCUUCCUAUAAUUACAACGCACGCAGCCACGUCGAAAAGCAAAGAAAUUCGUAGGUAUUGUUGCGAGUUUUUGGAUUAUAUUUUAAAUAAUUGGCCGAUACAUUCUUUGGAAAAACACGUGGCUGCGUUGCAGGAAGCGGUGAAGAAAGGGGUCGCCGACGCGGAUCCCGAUGCCAGAGUCUCAUCUCGAAAGGCCUUUCGCGGUUUUCGUGAGCACUUUCCAGACCAAGCCGAAGCGCUAUUACAGUCUCUUGAACCUAGUUACAGAAGAGCGUUACAAGGAGAUGGAAUGUCAACCAGUUCUUCUAAUAAUAAUCUAACUAGUGGAUUUAAGACACCGAGGACUUACGGACGCAACGUUGCAACGCCGCAUAGUGCAACAGGCAGUACAGAAAACCUUUCUGGUACUAGUAGUGGCCUUCAUAGGGCUCCUUCUUUGCCCCGAAGCUACAGACAACGUAGUGGUAUACCAGUUUUAUCAAAAGAAAAUUCUGGUCGUAAAGGUUUUCGAAGCAAUUCGGCAAUCGAUUUGCAAGCAGCACAAAGAGCAAAAGUUCGGUCCCAAUAUGCCGCAAUGGCUCGCAAUAAAAUAGCAUCUGGAACGGCUAGUUUGCAGGGAGAGGUUGCGCAACAAGCACGCCCACGAAAAACCCCAGAAACAACAGCCACACAAUCACCUGAACGCUUGGGACGCACCAGAAAUAGGAAUUCGCAAUCACAACCGACUAGUAGAUCCGGUUCACCGAGUUCUCGACUGGCCUAUUUGUACAAUCGUAGUACCGAACAUGAUUCUCCACGACCUCGCAGACUAUCAUCGGGUAUUCCAAGAUCUACAACUGGCUCACGUGACACUUCGCGGGAAACAAGUCCGAAUCGUUCGACUUUGGGGAGGUUUAGACGGGGUAGUGACAGGCCGCCUUUAAGUCCGGCAUCCAGGCCGGUUUUAGCACAGAAAAUACUGCAACAGAGUCGAGAAGCCGAAAAUGCGUUAGCUGAUGUUUUCCAAAACGACUCGACUGAUCAUUAUAGGAGCCCCCGGAAAGCUAUGAGAUCGAUAGAUAAUCACUCUGAUGAGUCAGAGACCUCUAGCGUAUGUUCUGAACGCUCUUUCGAUUCUUUCAGACGACCAAGUGAUUCAUACUCAUGGAGCGGUUCACAACAAAGACUAUCAAGCAGGGAAUUGUGGGAACCCUGCCGUGACAUCAACGAGAUCAUAGUGCUGUGCGCCAGCACUGUGUGGCAGGAGCGCAAAGACGGCCUGCUGUCCUUGCAGCACUACCUCAGCUCGGAAGUCCCAUUAACCCCCGGUGAGCUCAAACAUCUCACCGAAAUCUUCACAAAAAUGUUUAUGGAUUCGCACACGAAGGGUCUCAGCGUUUUCCUUGACACCCUUCACGAGGUGAUUAAGAUGCACAAAAACGAACUCCACAAUUGGGUCUAUGUCCUCCUUCAGCGAGUUUUCGUCAAAAUCGGAACGGAAACUCUCAAUUCCGUCCAGUCGAAACUGAUGGCGACGUUGGAUAUCAUCCGAGCGAAUUUCCCGACUCCUUUGCUCAUCUCCAACGUUUACAGAUUCCUGGCCGAUGCCACACAAACACCUAAUACUAAAGUCAAAACAGUGGUGUUGACGUUUUUGACGGCGCUGUGUAAUUCGGCCGAUGGGAGUCAGUUGACGGGGGCGCCACCAGCCAAUCAGGCAUUGCAAAAAAUUAUUGCUUUCACGCAAGAUACCAAAUCGGUGGAGUUGAGGAAUGCGGCAAAGAUUUGUAUUGUGGCGAUGUGGAAUUGUAACACGCCGUUAAUGACGAUGAUGUUGUCGGAAUUGCCGAAGGAGUUGCAGGAUGUUGCGAGGAAUAUAGUGCACAAUCAUAUGCGCAAAAAUUCGACGGGGAGUGAGCCGGGAAGUCCGUCUGUGAACGCAAGUCCUAAAACUCUAUCGCCGGGGACGCCCCCGUUGCGGGAGGGGUUGGAUCAGGAGGAGAUUUACAGGAGUUUGAGGAAAACAACAGCGGAAAUACAAAAUUACAGUUACGAAACGUUAAGUUCUAAAUUAGAUAGGGAUAGGGAUACUACAUCACAAGAUUCGGGUAUUUCGCAAAUGUCGGUAGGGAAUGAUCUUAAAAAUGAUAUAGGAAUUUUGGAAGAGAGGAUGGAAGAAUUGAAUAUUAGAGCGAAUUUUAAUUCGAGAUCAGGGCCGAGGUCCUUACCACCCUUUACUUCAGUUAAUGGAAUUUCAGAAAGUGAUUAUAACGGUUACAAAAGCUUAGGAGAGUGGAAAGACACUGAUAUUAUUAAAAAUAUUUUGGAAAAGUGUGUUGUUGACCAUCCAACACCCAUUCAAGACAAAAGAAUGUUAUUAUCUCAACUUAUUAACAUGAUUAAACAAGGCCAGACUGAAGCUAUUAUACAGAAUUUUAAGAAAUUACUUCGUUUAUUGAUAGAUAACUUGAACGAGAAAGACAUGAAUAUCAGAAUAACUGUACUAGAGAUUUUGCGUGCUAUUUUUGAAAGCAAGGAAAUGAAAGAUUCUUGGUCUAGUUUCGUAGAAUUGCUCACAUUGAAGGUUUUAACCGCUCACUGCGAUGAGAGAAAAGAGGUUGUGAAAGUGGCUGAACAGACUGCGGCCGCAAUGGUCGUUUGUCCCUUCAACACGACUGUGAUGACAUUAGCGUCUUGGAUCCAGACCAGUCCAUAUCCUCCAAUAUUGGGGGCUAUUAAAAUGCUCACCAAACUGAUAGAGGCGAAUCCCGAAGACGUCACCGAUGAACAUUUGGGUCAGAUAAUGCCAGGGUUAAUAAAGGGUACGGAUCAUGCGGAAAGUCCCGUACGUAAAAGUUCGAUUUUCUGUAUGGUUGCGUUGUAUAAAGCCGUGGGAGAAGACCGACUGGCCCCUUACAUCUCUUGCUUGUCGGGAAGCAAAGUAAAAUUGUUGAGGUUGUACAUCAGCAGGUCUCAACAAAAUACAACGUCUGUACCAACAAGCCCAAAAAAUUCAGCAACGAGCUAGUCCAAGGAAAGUUUACUUACAUCUUCCUAAAAGAGACUUUUUAUUAUCACUACUAGCACAUGUUAUUUAAGCUUAAUUAUUUCGACGUAAAGAAGAGAGUAGGUUAGUUCUUGAAUUUGUUUGAUUUGAAUUUUUACAAAAACAAUGUGAUGUCAUAAGGAUCUAAAAACGAGAAACUUGAUUUUGUAUAUAGCCUAUAUAUAGUCACUUAUGGCUUUUAACGUGUUAAUUUUAUCUAACCUUUUUACUAAUGUUACUGUUGAUUUUUUUCUUUUUUAUUAAUUUAGAUGCACUGAAGUUAUAUUUAAGUGCCAUUUACAUAAUCAACACGGGAGAUGUGAAACAAAAACAACAAUUUUUCUAAAUGCAGCAGUUUGGUUUGUGAAAUGAGGGAGAUCGUCUUUUUAUAGGAUUUAAGAAAAUCCUGUUACGUGUAAAUAAAUGUAACUGUUGUUUUUGUUAUCGUUUCUUCAUUGAUAUUUAUUAAAUGUUUCAUUUUUGACUUACUGCAUUUAAUUUUCAUGUUGUGAUUAUCUAGAUUCAUUGUAAUAAAUUUGUUUACAUCGUCAUUGCACAUUAAGUUAUGAUAUUUCCCUAGUCAUAGAUCAUCUGAUUAGUACUGUUGUCACUUAAGUUUUGAUAGUAUGAACGGUUUAAAUCUUUCAACUGGAUAGAUUUAAAUUUUGAUGUUUCUUCUAUAAAUAAGACGUUAUUAAUGAUGUUUAUUAACUUUGAUGACCUUUAUUGAGAGUUUUGUAUGUUUAAAUAUAAGUUGGUUUGAAGUCAAAAUUAAUCUGAUAAUGGUUUAAGUAUAUGACACAAAAUAUUUCAGUAACGUUAAUAUACUGCAGGUUUUUUACAUAGAAGUUUCAAGUGUUAGCUUAAAGAAAUGAUAUUUUAUAUGCCAAAUAAUAUAUUAACUGUAUGUGCUAUAACUUUUUUUAAACCAAACCUUUCGUAGCCUGUAUAUAGAACAUUUUAGAUCUAGCGCCUGUAUAUCACUUGGAAGUAAAAAUGCUUUAAUAUUAUUUCCCGUUUAUUUGAGGAAUACAGUCCCAGGUGUACAUUUCAUUAUGGAAAAUUAAAAAUUAAUUUCAAAGAA